AUGUCGUCCAACUCACAAUCACAAAGUUCCCAGCCGACAAGUCCCCGGAGAUGUGCCCGCGGCUGCGGCUUCUUCGGCUCGCCGGAAAACAAGUUCAUGUGCUCCAAGUGCUACACCGACUAUCUGAAAGAAGAGAUUACCAAGUUGGCCACCGCCGUUACUCUCACGUCGCCGCCGCGGGAUUCAUCCGAUUUGGCCGCCGAGUCUGCGGCGGCGCCGGCGAAGAGUAAGAGGUGUUUGUGUUGCAAUAAGAAGGUUGGAUUGAUGAGCUUUGGGUGCCGCUGUGGAGGAACGUUUUGUGGGUCCCAUCGCUUCCCGGAAGAACACAAAUGCGGUUUUGAUUUCAAGGCUUUGGGACGUAAGGUUUUGGCUAAGGAAAAUCCGGUCAUCACUCAUGACAAGUUUCCGGAAAGGAUUUGA